AUGCAGUUUUCAAAAAAGAGCAUCCCUGUUACCUCUAUACAGAUAAUUCUUCUUAUUUUAAGUACCAGUGGAAGACCAGUGUUCAGUGGUUUCGCAGAUCCUAUUGAAUCACAUAACAUGGACUCUAUGAUAACCCAAGUGAGAACGCCCAGAAUCAGCGACAAUACAUCCCUUGUAGCCACCUCCAAGAAGGAAGAUCGCCAAGCUUUUUAUCCAACUCAUUACAAUCCAGCUAGUCAUUUUUCUAGUCUGGCCAAUAUGGCCAACCUCGGAGGGUUUGGCUCUUUGGCUUCCAUGGGUGGCUUAAGGACAGUCAUGAUGGGCGGCAUGUUGUACGGAUUGUCCCUGAUACCUGCUGUUGUGCUAGCACUUGGCGGCAACGGCCUCCCCAUGAGUGGGGUCCUCUCCUCUUUAGGAUUGAGCAAAAGAGCUUUACCAGAGACUAGUUCAGCCAAGAUGCCUCUGCUUUCUGAAUCCCAGACCAGAAGACUCCUCCAGAUGUUGCAAUCGGCUUUCAGGCAAUGGAACAUUGCAGACGUAAACUGCAAAGAGUUAUUUGUAUGCCAGAUGUACAGACAAGUUUCCAGUAACGGGGUGACACCGGACUUGGAUUUAUUCAAAGAAGCUUUGCUUCACAUCUUAGAGAGAGGUGGACAGCGAAGAGCAGGCCGAGCCGCAGAGCACCUUCUUGCCGAAUAUGAGCACUACUUCGCCGCUGCACGAAUGGGCAUGGAACAAGAUGAAUGCGAGACCUUCUACCCUAAAUGCAAUCUGAGUCUCUAUCCUAAGGACGAUGGAUUCAAGAAAGAAAAAGAGACAAAACCUUCAAAAAAGUCCACUACCAAGGAUCAAGGAAAAGACACCAACACGAAAGAAACGUCACUCAAGAAUGGAUCGAAUUGA